CUGCUGAUGUGCCUAUGAUACACUACCACAGCCCCUUUCAGCUUUUCCUAAAAUCAAAGCAAAACAGCUAGAGGUCAUCGACGAAUGACAAUGAAAGCAUCUGAAACAAAGACACCAACUGUUCCUCGGAAAACAGAGGACUUGGGGAGAGAUGUGUAUGUCACAGUCCGCAAACGGGACAUGGAGAAGCUGACGACUGAAGUCAUGCAGCUGCGAGAAUUCCUUCCUAGAGUCAUCAACGCGGAGCUGCUGGACUCAGUCCACAAGGCUCGACAAAACGAAGCACUGAGGGAGCGACAGGAGCAGGAGCAGGAGCAGCAGAGGAAGGAGAAUCUUCACCUCCGCUCCCGACUGGAGAUCUCCCAGACAGAGUGCCAGAGGGAGAGAGAGGAGAAGUUGUCUCUGCGGCAGCAGUUGUGGGAGUGCCGUGAGCAGCUUGGCCAGCAGGCGGAGUUCUGCACAGGGCUGGGGGCCGCCGUCUGCACCCUGCUGUGGAGCGCGUCGGGAAAAGAGGAGGCCGUCAGGGAUAUACUAGCAGACGGUAAAGUGCAGCCGUUUCUGAGCGUGGCGGGUCAGACGCUGGAGAGCUUUGUGAAGUCCCUGGACCAGGACUCCAAGGCCACCCAGCAGCAACAGGACUCCAACUCCCAGGAGCACCAGUUUGUCCUGGCUCUAGCUGGAGUCAUCACGAAUUUGGCUGCUGUGGCGUGUGGGCGGGACUUCCUGGCCAGCUCGGCUCACGUCCUGCUGGACACUUUGAUGAAGCUGCUUGGCCUGAUCAAGCCGGGAGUCUUCCCCAAGCUCAAAGCGCUGAUGCUGAUGGCCCUGUACAAUGUGAGCAUCAGCGUGAAAGGCCUGAAGUACAUCAGUGGGAACCCAGCCCUCAUCCCCCUCAUCUGCACGCUGCUGGAAGAGAAGGACCCGGAGGUGUGUGUGCACUCCUUGCGGCUCCUUCAGUCCCUUCUGCUGGAGGAGGAGGUGGCGUCUGAUGUGGCGUCGGGCCUGCUUCCCUGCCUCCUCCCUCUGGGCCGCAUCCGCCAGCUCGCCGCCAGCCGACACCAGGUCCUCAGCCAGACCGCCAAGGAGACGCUGGAGGACCUGGGACCGCUGGGGGCCGAUAUGGAUGCCGACGCCGACGCAGCUGGUGGUGGUGGGGAUGGCCCAGGGGUGCCCGAGAGCAGGACUCCCAACAGCAAGGGCAAGACGCCCUUCCUCUUGCAGAAGAAACAGCCUGUAGCCAAGUACUAGGGCUACAUGACGAGGACACUGCACAGCUCUAGCCCAAACAGAGGUCUGCCCUGGAACGGUUCAUCUCAGUCUGUGAUUUCUAUUUCUCCAGGUUCUGUUUUUUUUUGGGGGGGGGGGGGGGUG